GCCAGGGGGCGGUGGGUGGCAAAACUUUCGAGCAGACAAAGAUGGCGGUACGGAAGAAAGACGGCGGCCCGAAUGUAAAAUAUUUCGAAGCGUCUGAUACCGUCUCGCAGUUCGACAAUGUCCGGGUUUGGCUGGGCAAGAAUUAUAAAAAGUAUAUUCAAGCAGAGCCCCCCACCAAUAAAUCUUUGUCAAGUCUGGUGGUUCAGCUCCUUCAGUUUCAGGAGGAAGUGUUUGGCCGGCAUGUCAGCAACCCUCCCCUCACUAGACUACCGAUAAAGUGUUUUUUUGAUUUUAAAUCUGGAGGAGCUCUGUGUCAUAUUCUGGCUGCUGCCUACAAGUUCAAGAGUGAUCAAGGAUGGAGGAGAUUUGACUUCCAGAAUCCUUCGAGAAUGGACCGCAAUGUUGAAAUGUUCAUGACUAUAGAAAAGUCCUUGGUGCAGAAUAACUGCUUGUCCCGACCUGUGAUUUACCUGAGUUCAGAGAUAGAGCCCAAGCUGCUGGGAAAACUGAAGGACAUCAUCAAACGACACCAGGGAUCUGUGACUGAAGAUAAGCUGUCCAGCUCUCAUGUAGUGGUGCCUAUUCCUGUUAGUCUGGAGGACGAAGAGUGGGUUCGUCCUGUAAUGAAGAGAGACAAACAGAUGCUGCUACACUGGGGCUACUGGCCUGAUAGUUAUGACACAUGGAUCUCAGCCAGUGAGGUGGAGGCUGCUGUGGAGGAUCCGCCCACUGCUGAGAAACCCAGGAAGGUCCAUGCCAAGUGGAUUCUGGACCUGGAUCAGUUUAAUGAGUGGAUGAAUGAGGAAGACUAUGAGGUGGGAGAAGGAGGACCGCGGAGGAAGAGAAUUUCAGCAAAGACUCUCACAGAUGAAGUGAGCGCUCCAGAUGAAAAGAGGGAUAAAAAACCCAGCAGUGCCAAAAAAAGGAAGCGCUCCCCGUCUCCAUCUCCUACCCCUCCACCACAGGAGAGCAAGAAGAAAAACACCAAGAAAGGGCCCACUACUCCCUACACUAAGUCCAAACGAGGACAGAGAGAGGAAGAACAGGAAGAUCUGACUAAAGAUUUAGAUGAACCCUCACCUGUGCCUGCAGUGGAGGAAGCAACACUACCUAAAACAGUGACUAAGAAGGACUCAGAUUCUACUCCAGUGAAAGGAGGCACUAUGACUGACCUGGAUGAGCAAGAGGAUGAAUCAAUGGAGACUGUAGGGAAGGAGGAAGAAGAAGGUUCUCCGAGUGUGAAAGGAGAACCGGUGAAGGGUUCGGACCUUCAUGAGGAUAAUGUCACUGAACAGACCCAUCACAUCAUUAUACCUAGCUAUGCUGCUUGGUUUGACUAUAACAGUGUCCAUGCUAUAGAGCGCAGAGCACUGCCUGAGUUUUUCAAUGGGAAAAACAAGUCAAAGACACCUGAAAUUUACCUGGCAUACCGUAACUUCAUGAUUGACACGUACAGACUGAACCCACAGGAGUAUUUGACCUCUACAGCAUGCCGUAGGAACCUGGCUGGAGAUGUUUGUGCCAUUAUGAGGGUCCAUGCCUUUCUGGAACAGUGGGGCUUGAUUAACUAUCAGGUGGAUUCAGAGAGUCGGCCCACUCCCAUGGGGCCUCCACCCACCUCACACUUUCAUGUGCUGGCAGAUACUCCAUCAAGUCUGGUACCACUACAGCCUAAAGCAUCCCAGACUUCAUCCUCUCAGCAGAUGCUCUCAUUCCCAGACAAAAUCAAGGACAAACCAGCUGACUUGCAGAACUUUGGGUUAAGGACAGAUGUGUACAGUAAGAAGAGCGGCCCAACUAAAACUAAAAAUGCUGCCAGUGCCACUCGAGAAUGGACAGACCAGGAGACACUGCUACUGCUGGAGGGUCUAGAGAUGUAUAAAGAUGACUGGAAUAAAGUAUCGGAACACGUGGGCAGCCGCACACAGGAUGAGUGCAUCCUCCACUUCCUGCGUCUACCGAUCGAAGACCCCUACCUGGAGGAUAGCUCCUCCUCCCUAGGCCCGCUGGCCUAUCAGCCAGUUCCGUUCAGUCAGGCGGGGAAUCCUGUCAUGAGCACGGUGGCAUUCCUGGCCUCUGUGGUUGACCCUCGAGUGGCUUCUGCUGCGGCUAAAUCAGCACUUGAGGAGUUCUCUCGAAUGAAGGAGGAGGUACCAGCUGCGCUGGUGGAGGCUCAUGUGCGUCGAGUGGAGGAUGCGGCCAGAUCAAGCGGGAGACCAGACCCUCUCUACGGCCUGGAGGGCAGCGGCAUAGCAGGAACCGGUCUUGAGGAUUCUGACAAACCCUCUGAAGAUGGAAGUGAGGAGAAUAAAAACAGUGAUGGUCAGUCUAGCCAAGAUAAAAGAGAAAAUAAGGAGAGCAAAGAUGGAGCCAGUGAGGAGGAAGAAAAACAAGGAGAGAACGGCAAGAAAGAGGAAGAGAGAGUGAGAGAAGGGGAGACGGACAGAGAGACAGAGAAAACAGACUCAGAAAUGGCUGAUGGCGAGAAGGAGAAAGAACAGAAGGAGGGGUUGGAAGAGGGUCAGAGGGAUGGAGAGAGCGAGGGGGAGAAGAAAGCAAAGGUGGAGAGAGAUGUAGGAGAGGGAAACCUGGCCACUGCCGCUGCUUCAGCACUCGCUGCUGCUGCCGUCAAAGCUAAGCACUUGGCAGCAGUAGAGGAAAGGAAGAUCAAGUCUCUGGUGGCUCUGCUGGUGGAGACCCAGAUGAAGAAACUGGAGAUCAAACUCCGACACUUUGAAGAGUUGGAAACCAUCAUGGACAGAGAGAGAGAGGCACUAGAGUAUCAGAGGCAGCAGCUUCUUGCUGAUCGUCAGUCGUUUCAUAUGGAGCAGUUGAAGUAUGCAGAGAUGAGAGCCCGACAGCAACACUUCCAGCAGAUCCAACACCAGCACCAUAGCAGCCAGCCUGCCAAUCAGUCUGGCAGUACUCCAUCUGUAACCCACCAGCCUGCCACUAAUGCCUCUGGCCCGCCCCCAACACAAAGCCCCGCCUCUGUGAGCGCCACUAAUGCCCUCAAUGAAGCUCCACCACCCACCUCUCGCAGUUCUCCCCCGACCAUCGCACAGACUGGAGCAGCGCAUGAUUCCAGCACUCCACUAGCAGGGGAUUCUCUGUAUCCAAAUGCCCCUGUGCCUCCAACACAGUAAAGGAAGUGGUGAGAUUUAAAUGGGAUCAAUAAUUCCAGUGAAGAAAAUGAAGGAAAUUAGAUAGAAAGCAAAAGAGACAGAGGUGAAGGGAAGCGAUAUCUUCUUUUUUGUCACUUCGAAUUCUUGCCAGCAUCUUGAAUAUGACAUCAUUCAAAAUAAUUAGCUAAAGCUAAACACAGAUAACCUUUAAACUGACAAAUAAAACUGAAAACAAGACCUUUGGUUUGGACUUUUGGAAAGGUCUUGAACUGAAAGCCCUGUUACACCCAACAAAAAGCACUCCUUACCCAAACAGCCUGCAUCCAAGUACCAGGCCCAAAGCUCAAUAUACAUACCCUUGUCCGUCCUCCACUCUCAGUAACAUCUCUUAACUUUGAGCCGAACCACAGGAUCCAGGAUACCUGUGAUCUGCACUCCAGAAGCAUCUCGAUGUACUUUAGGUACUCAAACAUACAAAAGAAAACCAAGAACAGAUUGCACUUUGAGAAUGUUUCCGAAUCUUACUUUUUGGAGGGAUGAAGCAUAAAGUCAAAAUUAGCCCUGACCUAAUGUUUUCUUUUAACGACGUUAUUUUUAUCACUUAAUCUUUGUAUUUGUUUCACAGAAGCACUUGAUUUGGAGUAAGUCUGAAGAAAAACUUGACUUUGUUAUCGUUCAUUUGUAUGCGUGUGUGUGAAUGUUGGUUUGUCUUUCGGGACAAUGUGAAAGCUUCAGUGGUUUGGCCUGUUUUUUUAUUUUUUUUAUGAGCAUGAUAAAAAAAAGAGACAAAUUAGUAUUAACUCUGUUUACUUUGUCUCUGACAACAUGUACUGUAAGCUUGGAAAUCCUGUCAUGAAUAAUUGAUGUUUGCAUGUUAUUUUUUGGGUAUGUGUGUACGUCAUUACCACAAAAUAUAAGUUACUCUACAUUUCUAACAGGUGAAAGUAGUUGUUUCGUUCUCAUCUCAUUGCAAUGUUUGUGAGAAUACUUAAAUAUUGGAGUGUAUGAUUAAUCGCCUAUGAAAACAUUUUGGGAAAUGCAGCAAGGAAUCAUAUUGGUUCCUCAGCUCAAAUAGUUGAAUCAGUCAUUUUAGUGAGAUUAUAUUGCACAUUUUAUUAUCCAGUGUUCAUGCCAGAACUGAUGUUUCAGUUCAGAUUGUUAACCCUUGUGCGUCAAUUUCAAAAAAGUUACACAGAGGUCCUUAGAUGACAAAAUGUCCAUGUUAAAAACAGUAAUAAAAAUAUUAUAUAUUAAUAUUUUUUUCCGCUUUCAUUGACAAAAAUGCAUCCGUGCUAUUCAUAACUACCAAAAAUGCAAUAAUUGUUUUAGGAUUUUAACCUUUUAAAUGCUAGUUUGUUUACAUAAUGCCACUGUUUUUCAUGAAAAAGUCAUUCUUUACCAUGUACUAAGCACUAAAAGUAAAAUCAUUUUACUAAAACUAAAAUCAUUUUCAAAAUGUUUUCAUCACUUGAAAUAACUUAAACCUUCAAGGAAAUUAAAUUUAAUAAAAAUAACACUCAUAAGAACCACACUAUAAAUAUGAAAAAAAGUAUUAAAAAUGUUGAAGAAUGAGAGCAUAUUAACAAAGAAUCCAUUAUUUUAUGCUUAAUGGCACUGGGAUUAAAUAUUGUUGUUUCACUGGGGACAUUUUUGUCCUUAAAGUCCUGAGUUUGACUAAUUUUUAUACCUAGAGUAAAAUAAAUUUAUGAAAGGUAAUGAAGGUGGAAUUUUAAAA